UCAUUUAGCGUGUCGCGUUUUUAGGUGAACUUCUCUGCUCAAUUUCGAUUCUGUACUAGUAGUUUGUUAUUGAUAUUUAUCGAACUACUGACGAUUCUUUGUGACAUUUUCAAAUUGUUUGUGUGAAUUUCUAGUCAAAAAAAAAAUAUAAAAAUGAAAUUAUUAUUGGUUGUCUGUUUGUGCUUUGCCUCGGCGUUGGCAAAGGAAGAAGUGAAAUUGAUCUCCAACGAAGCCAUGGUGGAAUAUGAUGGAAAAUUUCACUACCAUUACGAACUCGGUGAUGGCUCGAAAGCAUCACAAGACGGUUUUCUGAAGAAGGUGGACACGGAACAUGAAGGCGAAUCGAUCGAGGGCAAAUUUGCUUUUGUUGCCGAUGACGGCAAGGAGUACCUAGUUACGUAUAUUGCCGAUGAGAACGGCUACCAGCCACAGGGCGAGCACUUACCGACACCACCACCAGUGCCCGAGUCGGUGUUGAAGACUUUGAAGUACUUGGAAGAGCAUCCAUAUAACCCAGAAGCAGCGGCGAAGAAACAUUAAACCAUGCAAGCGGGUUAGACGUACGAGCGGAAACGAGCUGAAACUAGUUGAAAUGAAGAGAACUGUGAUCUUUGCGAUGCAAUGCGCUAAAUAUGUAGAAGAAAAAUAAAUAUAUUUUGGACUGAUUUCUAAAAGCAAAUGUUAAAGGCAAUUGUUUGCCGAUUUUUAUAUGUUAUGUGUAAAAAUGUAUGUUAAUAAAAUGCGCGAUUACGAAAUUUCUAUAAGAAAUUAAUAAAUUAAAUAUUUAAACUAACUUAA